AUGGCGCCGCAGAAGCGCACAAGGCAACAAGCGGGCGACCUCUCCUCCGAGAGCCUCCCCCGAAAACCGCCAGCGAAGAGGAUCAAAACGAGGACCUGGGAAUCGCCUCCCGAAUUUUGGGACCGGCUGUCCAAGAUCGCGCUGACCCACGGAGCCUUGAGAGAACUCGACCGUCGCACGGAGCUUUCACGGACAGGACUUCCGCGCUCUCGUCACUCCCUCGCAUGCACCACAAGCCCGUUCAAACACCCCUCUCUCCCAGCGCCCGACCCUACUCCCGUCAUCAUGACCUCGAGGCAUUCCUCGCAAAGUGGCGGCAGCCGAUCGGCCAACCCAGCUUCGACGCAAGCCACCUCGGCCACAACCAAGUCGAAAAAGUCGACCGUAUACAGCCGCAAUUUCGAUCAGCACUUGACAGACCAUGGCGUUCAUGCAACGUAUUCGUCUGAAAAGCCGGACCUGCAGGAAAUCAGAAAGGCUUUAGAGACCAAUGCCCGGGCUAAGGACGAAGACGAUGUACUGGCAAAUGUGUUGCCGACAAUCCUUGGACCCAAUCAAGCCAGCCACCCGUCCGCAAGAAACACAAUAUUUGGGAAUAUCAAGUCACUCACAGACGGAACAAUCGCCCCGGCCAAGCCAGACCUGUACUACGGAGCGUCUCCCGAGGAAUUAUCCCGGUCUAUCCGCAAUGGGCUCGAGCACUACAUCAUCCCAUCUUCCAUGCACGACAAGCCCAUGGCGCCAAACUUCUUCGUCGAGGUCAAAGGCCCAGAUGGUAGCUUAGCGGUGGCAAACCGGCGAGCUCGCUAUAAUGGGGCACUUGGAUCCCACGCUAUGUACAGCCUGCAGAACUACGGCGAAGAAGAGCCCAGGUACGACGGCAAGGCAUACACAUUUGGCUCAAUAUAUCACGGCGGCACGCUUCAUAUGUAUGCCCAUCACCCCACGGCGCCGACGACCCACGGAGGGCCGCCCGGUUAUCACAUAACCCAAGUCGACGCCUGGGCCAUGACGGGCAACCGUGACGGUUUCGUCCGAGGCGCCACCGCGUUUCGGAACGCUAGGGAUCUAGCGAAGCAGUAUCGCCACAACUUCAUCCAAGCUGCAAAUAGCAGAGCAUCACAGCAAGCCACUAAAGCUCCCCAAGGCGAUCUAGCAGUCAUAGCUCAGCUCGAUCUAGAUAAGGAGGGGAGUGCUGACGAAUUCGUCGACUGCUUAGAUUACUCUCCAUCACCCACUCCCGACGAGCCUGCUCCUGGGGUUGCAGAUAUCGACGACUGCAGCCAGGCAUCUGCACUGCCCGAGCUCGGCGACACGACAACUAGCUUCGCAUCUAGCUUCACAUCUGAUUUCGCCGCCGACCGCUCAAAACGGCAGAGGCAGCCACUAAGUCCUGACUCGAAAUUGAUCACUCGAAGCCCCCCGUCUAAGAGUCGCCAUCCCCGUGGGACAAGUAGGAUAAGCCAGAGGUCACCUGUCUUUGGUCUUCAUGUGGAUGAAGUUGAAUGUAUGUGGGUGGAAACCUACUGGCUCGAGGGACCCGUCUGCUUCCGCAUUGAGAAAGAAGAGAUGAAGACGGAUCGGAAGGACUGGACUCUGCAAAUACAACAAGAUGGGAGGUUCUGCUUUCGCUGGCAGGGCUCUGGAAGGCAGAUCAUCUGGACAAAGGAGCUGGUGGCAGGCGACUAGGAGAAUGGGUUUGUCAGUAUUUAGUGUUCCGGCAGCGCAUACGGCUUCCGAUGUGAUGCGGCCAUCGCCAAGGCGUGAGGGGCAUGCGCCCCGUAAUUUCGCCGCCGCAUCUGAGUCCUCCUUUUGACCUUAGAAUCACGAACCAUCAACUUGAUGGCAGGCAAAAGUUUCGAU